AUGGCACCAGCGCCUACCCCAACCUUCACACCUGAAGCCCCGCCAGCAAUAAUCCCCAACGCCAGCUCCCGCAGCGACGGCUUCAGUCCCGGCGCUAUCAUCGGCAUCGUGAUAGCCAUCGUCUGUCUUCUCCUCGCCGUACCCUUAAUUGCCAUCUGCCUUCGACGAUAUGAAAAGACACGUCUGCGGGAGACACCCAAAAGCCCAGAAAGCAGCAACAUCAGUCUACGCAGCGUGCAAGAGCACCACAGCUUGAGCAGCAUACUCGUGACGAAGGAGUUGUCGCGGUCGAGUAUAAGGAUGGAGAGGGUUGACUCGGGGAUCAAGAGGCCAGAUGAGGUUUAUGAGAACGGAAGAGAAAGGGAGAGAGGGUGGAGCUGUACUGAGGUCAGAGGUGGGUGA